AUGCAGAUGUGCUCGAGCCAGUGUGGCGAGCGAAGAUGCUCAGAGUCACAGGCGAGCGGAGCGGCUCAGAGCCAGUGUGACGAGCGCAGUUGCUCAGAGCCAGAGAGGCGAGCGGAGUUGCUCAGAGCCAGAGAGGCGAGCGGAGUUGCUCAGAGCCAGAGAGGCGAGCGGAGUUGCUCAGAGCCAGGGAGGCGAGCGGAGAGAGAGAGAGAGAGAGAAAGAGAGAUUGAGGUACCAGGCAUGAAUAUUUACAAGAUAUUUACAGAUCCUCCCGGCCCAACAGAUCCGUGCCUUCAGGUAACAUCCGAUGAGGUUUUUAGGUCUAUUUGCGCCUUCCCAAACGGUUCAGCUGGGGGUCUAGACGGUCUAACUCCACAGCACCUUAAAGACCUGCUUGGCCACUCCUGCGGUGAAGCAGGUGAUACCCUUCUUAAAGAUUUAACCGUUUUAGUGAACUUCAUGCUUCAGGUGGGCUGUCAGCAAGGCGACCCUUUGGGCCCUGCACUUUUCAGCCUUGCCAUACACCCUAUCCUGGAAAGCCUAAAUUCUAAAUUUAAUGCUUGGUACCUCGACGAUGGUACCCUGGGAGGCACCGUCGACGAGUGGUCCCAAGCCUCCCUGCCCAUUAGGCACGGUGGUAUUGGGAUACGACAAACUUCUGCUGUUGCUCUUCCGGCUUUUCUUUCUUCAGCGCAUAACAUUGAAAAACUGUUCCGAAAAAUCCUUAAAACUGACCCCCUAAUAAAUUUGGACGUCCCUUUCCUGCCGGAGGCCAUCGACAGCUGGAAAGCGGCCUGCCCUAACACGGACUUGCCCAUUACUCGCCAUUCGCAACACCAAUGGGACGAGCCGCUCUGUCUGCUGGUACGGGAUAAUCUGUACGAAACGUCUACCAGCACCACAGAGCGCGCUCGUCUCCUUGCUGCGACGAGAUGGGAAUCCGGCGCAUGGUUGCAGGCCCUGCCAUCAAAGAACCUAGGCACACUUCUCUCUACGAACACCUUUAGGAUUUCUUUGUGUUUGCGCUUGGGGGUGGCUUGUGUGGCUCCUCAUCUGUGCCAGUGCGGUGCAAACGUGACGCGUUUUGGUUUCCACGGCCUAUCCUGUGCGAGGAGUGUCGGCCGUCUCUCACGACACGCGAGCCUAAAUGACAUCCUCCGCCGAGCUCUUGUCACUGCUGGGGUGCCGGCGGUUCUGGAACCGUCUGGUUUGGCCCGCGAUGAUGGGAAAAGACCGGACGGCAUGACCCUCGUUCCCUGGAAGAUUGGACGGCCUUUAGUUUGGGAUGCCACAUGCGUGGACACCCUUGCGCCGUCCCAUCUUUCAGGAACAUCAAACAGAGCUGGUGCGGCCGCCAACGCGGCUGAACACCUCAAGCGGCGCAAAUAUGCAGCCAUUGAUUCUGGCUGCAUGUUUGAGCCGUUUGGGGUGGAAACCCUUGGGCCGUGGGGACCUGGCGCCCACGGCAUAUUCUCCGAGCUGGCGAAGCGCCUCGUGGAGGCGACGGGUGACAAGAGGGCUGGCUCCUACCUUGCGCAACGCAUUGGUAUUGCCGUCCAGCGCGGCAAUGCCGCCAGCCUUCUUGGCACCCUGCCCACAGGCACAGAGCUGGAGCCAUUUACCAAUAAACCUAAAUCAACCAACCUUAUCUUCGGUGCCUGGAAUGUGCGCACUCUUCUCGAUCGUGAUUGUAAUUCCUGUCCGGAGCGGAAAACAGCUAUAGUGGCACGAGAGCUGCGCCGCUACAAUGUUGACAUAGCUGCGAUCAGCGAAACACAUCUUGCUGAUGAAGGAGAGAUAGUGGAGAAGGGCGGCGGCUACACAUUCUUUUGGAAAGGUACCGCUGCGCAUGAACCCAGACGCUCAGGCGUCGGAUUUGCCAUAAAAAAUGAAAUAGCUAAGCGUUUAGAAGAAUGUCCCGUUUACACCUCGGACCGUGUGAUUUCACUGCGAGUACACCUGCAGCAUAAUAACUUUCUAAAUGUCAUUAGCAUAUACGCGCCAACUCUAGAUAAAUCCGAUGACAUUAAGGAUCAAUUCUACGAAGAACUUACGCAAGCUCUUUCUAAAGUCAAAUCUCGCGAACAAAUAUUGCUACUGGGUGACUUCAAUGCUAGAGUUGGCCGUGAUUACGAGGCUUGGCCUAACGUACUCGGUAGACAUGGCAUCGGGAAUAUGAAUAAUAAUGGUCAACUUCUACUCAGCCUCUGUGCCCAAUUUGACCUGUCUAUAACUAACACCUUUUUCCGACUGCCAUCUAAGCACAAGGCUACUUGGAUGCAUCCUCGUUCAAAGCAUUGGCACCUCAUUGACUAUGCCAUUGUGCGACGUCGAGAUAUUGGUCAAGUCAAUAUUACACGCGUCAUGAGAGGCGCCAAUUGCUGGACUGAUCACCGACUUGUGUUAACUAAAAUUAACAUAAGUCUUCGUCGGCCUUCUAGGCGCAAUGUUGUAAAAACUGUGCGCACGAAUAUAGAAAACCUUCAAUGCAUUCCGACAAGAGAGGUAUACAUUGAAGCCGUAAAUGAAGUUUUGUCUUCAGUUGAUGUUCAAAGUGAAGCUCUUGAAAUAUCCUGGCAGACUCUGUCUACAAAUCUCAUGGAAGUUAGUUCUAAGGUAUUGGGUCUCAAACCCUAUAAACAGGAGGACUGGUUUGAUGAGUAUGACGAGACGUUCACUGAGGCCUUUAACAAACACAGAGAGCUUCUCAAAAGGCAAAGUUUUGGUAUCGGACAAGUAGGAGAGUUCGUAAGCAUUAAAGAGAGCAGCGCUAGAAUUAGAAAACUUACCAGGGAUGCCAAAGAUAAAUGGUGGCAAGAAAAGUCUCAACAUCUGCAAUGGCUGUCGGAUACCAACCAGCUGGGAGCUUUUUAUGGCGAAGUCCGAAAGCUGAUACGGCCAGCAAGCCACUGUUCUGUUCCCAUAAAAUCGAGUGAUGGCGUUUCACUAACCAACAAGGCGGGCAUAAUGAAUCGUUGGGUACAGCAUUAUAGUCACUUGCUUAACGUUGAUCGACAAGCAGAUCUUGAAUUUAUUAACUCACUACCGCAGUCGCCGCCACAAACAGAGCUUGCCGAUCCACCGACGCUUGAGGAGACUAUAGUAGCUAUAAAGCAAUUGAAAAACAAAAGGGCGGUAGGUGUUGACAGUAUCUGCGGAGAGUUGCUUAAGUACGGAGGUGACAAUCUGCAUAACACCUUGUGGAAAUAUUUUGUGCGUAUGUGGGAUGAGGAGCAUGUGCCAGAAAGUUUUAAGAUCUCCCGAAUAUGUUCCCUGUACAAAGGCAAAGGAGACCGUUCCGACUGUAAUUCCUAUAGGGGCAUAUCGUUACUUUCAACCCCGGGAAAAGUGUUCGCUAGAAUACUCCUCAACCGCCUACUGCCAUUGUCGGAAACUAUACUACCCGAAACCCAAUUUGGGUUCAGGCCGGAUAGGGGGACAUGUGAAGCCAUCUUCUCCGUUCGCCAACUGCUUGAAAAAAGCAGAGAGCAACUUCAACCUAUGUUCCUAUGUUUUGUAGAUCUUGAAAAAGCCUUCGACAGUGUCCCCCGCGAAGCACUCUGGACAAUUUUGACAAAGCUUGGAUGCCCUGACAAGUUUGUGAAACUACUACGACUCCUACAUGAUGAAAUGAAGUGCUGCAUUACUAUCAACGGCGAACAGUCUGAGCUUUUCUCCGUUUCAUGCGGAGUCAAGCAGGGCUGCGUUCUUGCACCGACUCUGUUUGCACUUUAUUUCGCAUUUGUUGUUCGGGAGUCUAUGAAAAACUUGUCAGAAGGCAUAGGCAUUCGGUUCCGCAUGGAUGGAGGACUUUUCAACAUUUCAAGGUUUAGAUCCCGUACCAAAGUAUCCUAUGCUGUCAUGACAGAAAUUAUGUACGCGGAUGAUUUAUGCUUUGUCUCAAAUUCAGCGGAAGGUCUACAAAGAUUAAUGUCGAGUCUUCAUGAUGCUUGCACUACAUUUGGUCUUAAAAUAAACGUCAAAAAGACGGAAGUCAUGGUCAACGUCCCUGACAACGAACCAAAUGCGAGUGUAUGUAUCGGUGACGAGAUGUUGAAGCGGGUGGAGAGGUUCAGGUAUCUUGGUAGCACGAUAACAGCAAAGUACGACCUAGAUGCUGAAAUAAAUGCUAGAAUUGGUGCUGCAGCUGUGGCGUUCGGGAAACUCCGGCCAAAGGUAUUUCGCUCCCAUGACCUGAAGCUCUCCACUAAAAUUAGUGUAUACAUGGCAGCGGUGCUGCCGAACCUGCUGUACGCAUCUGAGACAUGGGUCCUUUACCGUAAGCAUAUACGUACACUUGACAGAUUCCACCUUAAAUGCCUCCGAGAUAUUAUGAAUAUCAAAUGGACGGACCGGGUCAGAAACACAAACGUCCUGAGGCGCGCAAAUGUCGGAGGCAUUGAGGUGUAUCUGAUGAGGCGGCAGCUGCGGUGGUGUGGGCACGUGUCUCGGAUGUCAGAAGACAGAGUGGCGAAGCGUAUCUUCUUUUCAGAACUCCAGAAUGGUAAGCGUAAAAGCGGUGGCCAGUACUUACGAUAUAAGGAUGUUCUGAAAAGACAUAUGAAGAGAUGCCAACUAGAGCCCUCUGACUGGGAGCGGAAGGCAGCGCAGCGGCCCGAAUGGCGGCGCCUCAUUAAUGAUAGAGUUAACAUUUUUGAGACGGAACGCCGCAGUGAGCUCGACAAAAAACGUGAUGAGCUUAAGGCUCGGCCGCCAACCUCAAUUUCCUACAACUAUGUAGGUGGUGUGCUGACGUGCCCAAAAUGCGCUCGAGUAUUUAGCAAGAAGAUAGGGUACGUGAGCCACCUAAGAGCGCAUCAGAGAGUGGAUCAGCUACACUCUAAUAAUACGAGCUAAAAAUUGCCUAGUCCAGAGCACACAGUCGC